GCGGCGUUUGCCAUCGUAUAUUGUAUUCUUUUUAUAAUUCGAAACUACUAGCAAAAUGGCUGAAGAAGAACAGAUGCCCAUUAUUCCGGUGAAGGAACCUUUGGAUCUUAUACGGCUUAGUUUGGACGAAAAAAUAUACGUGAAAAUGCGCUACGAGCGAGAACUGCGAGGACGCUUACAUGCAUUUGAUCAACAUCUUAACAUGGUUUUGGGGGACGCCGAGGAAACUGUUACUACAGUAGAAAUCGACGAGGAAACAUACGAGGAAGUUUACAAAACUACCAAACGCACCAUUCCAAUGUUGUUUGUGCGAGGCGAUGGAGUCAUACUAGUGUCACCUCCAAUGCGAGUCGGAAGUUAAACGACAUUAUGAUGCAGUUGUAACAAAACUAUCUGAACACGACUGCAUGGCAUGAAA